AUGUAUCCGAGUCCUCCACGAUGUGGGCCCCCACGCAAGAAAUGGAAGAUAGCUGGGGAUGAUGUUGAACCUGCAGCGCCUAAACCGGUAGCUGACAGCCCCGAUUACCCCUAUGCUUAUCUCGAGGAUGUUGCGAGAGAAGAGCAAGAAAAGCAAGAAAAGCGCCUCGAAGAUGUGGCGAGAGAACAGCAACAAAAGCGUCUCGAGGUCCUGGGUUAUUAUUUUGUUGAUAUCCCUUAUGCAUGUCACCGCGUCAUCGAUUACCUUGCUAAGAAAGGCUACCACAGAACAGAAGCCACUCUGCGAGCAGAGUCGUCAAAUCAAGAGAUUCCCAAAGACGCAGAGCUGAAGCCAACACCUUCCGGGCCCCCUCGCUAUUAUGAGAUGUUUGUGCGGUUGCAAGCAUGGACUGAUGACGCUCUCGAUAUCUACAAGCCAGAAGUCAUGCGCCUGCUCUGGCCCAUCUUUGUUUACUCGUACCUUGACCUGGUCAAACAAUUCUACCCGAAGGAAGCCACUCGCCUGUUUCAGAAGUUCUCCGAGGAUUUCAGGAAGGAGCAUGAAUACGAUCUUCGCGGACUCGAGCACAUCACUUUGCCCGAACACGGUGAAGACAAGAUUGCAAAGCUUUACCGCGACAACAAAUACCGUUUGUCCCUCAGCAACCCUGCAUACGUCUACUUCAUGCAGUUCCUCGAGAGUCUCCCCCAGUCGGGCUACAAGCUGUUCAUGAACAUUGUGGAACAUAAUCUGGACAUCAGGCAAGUCGAGCGCGCAGCCGACGAUCGCUUCAGUUUCGCGUCUGUGAUCCAACGAGGGAUCGAAGGCCAAGAUAUGCCCGCCGAGGAUGAAGGUAUUCCAGGCCACAGACCGGGAAAUGCCAUCUCUUCCACGGAUCCCAAUGUGGGAAACAAUCUAGCGAAUCUCAAACUAGGUAAAUUGCCCAUGGAAAAAGACGCCGAAGGAGACGUUCGAGCCGAACUCGAGGAACUGGAUCAGAAGAUGCCGCCUCUUCCAGGCCAGCCUACACUCGUUCAAACUCAUGAAAUGGUCAAUAUCAAGCAGGAAGACGAGGACGAGGGGCCCACCAGAACCGAGAUUCCUUUUCCCGCAUCCACCGCGAGAGACGUGGCCAUGGAGGUCCAAAAGAUUCGCGACCACCGCGAUCGGCUCAAGAUCGAGACUCGAACUGGUGGGAUUGGGCCAGGACUGAGCGUGGUCAUGUACACAUUCCACAACACUCACGACUCGAUCUGUUGCCUGGACUUUAGUGGUGAUCAGAAACUGGUUGCUGCGGGCUACUCAGAAUCGUACAUACGCGUGUGGACGAUGGAUGGGUCCGCGCUCGGUCCUGUCGCACCGAAUGGUCAACAACAAAACUCCCAGCGCCUCAUCGGCCACGCUGGGCCCGUGUACAACGUCAGCUUCGCUCCCUCGACUAACAAGCCGACACCAGAUUCCCCGGACACCGAUACAAAAUGGCUCCUCUCGUGUUCUGCCGACAGCACGAUCCGCCUGUGGAACCUCGACGUCUUUCAGUGCAUGGUCGUCUACAAAGGACAUGUUGGGCCUGUCUGGUCAGCUGUCUGGGGACCAUUCGGACAUUAUUUUGCAACCUGCGGCCACGACAAGACGGCACGAAUUUGGACGAGUGACAAAAUUCGCCAGGUGCGUAUUUUGGCGGGCCACGACGACGACGUCGACGUGGUCGCCUGGCAUCCCAAUUCCAGCUAUGUGUUUACGGCGAGCUCGGAUAAGACGGUCAGAAUGUGGGGGUUGAAUAACGGAAAUGCUGUGAGAAUGUUCACCGGCCACACGUCGUCUAUCACGGCACUGGCAUGUUCUCGAAACGGCAAGAUCCUCGCCUCGGCCGACGACACCGGAGUCAUCCUUCUCUGGGACCUCGGGCCUGGAAGACUGCUCAAGAAAAUGCGCGGCCAUGGCAAAGGUGGUAUCUGGAGUCUCAGUUGGUCUGCUGAAUCAACGGUGCUGGUGAGCGGUGGCGCCGACUGCACGGUGCGAGCAUGGGAUGUGACCGGUCCGGCAAAGGAAGCUGCAGCCACCACCGGCACUGUGGGCGGAGCGACCACCAAUAAAGCGGGUGAUGCCACGGGAAAUGCGCAGGGCGGAGGUGCGAUGCAGGACGGAGCUCCCAAAUCCGCUGGUGGCACCAGUGCUCCCACAUCGAAUCUCAACCUCACGUCGGGCACAUCGACCGGCGCGGCCGGUGUGGGCGCGAGCGUCAGCGGCACGGGUGUCAGUGGUGUGGGCGUGGCCGGUCACCAGGGUGGCAAGAGACGCGGUAAGGACGCGGUUGUUACCAGCGACCAGAUCAGCGCGUUCCUCACCAAACACAGCCCCGUGUACAAAGUCAAGUUCACCAACAUGAACCUCGUCCUCGCGGGGGGUGCUUACCUGCCUGAACAGGCCAAAUGA